CAAUUGAAUAGCAAUUGUAUUACAAAUUAAAACAAUUUAUUGAAUGAAUGAUGACAUCAAUGGUUGUGACAAUUGAUGACAUUUUGGAUCAAUUGUGGAGUGAAAACAAACGACUUCUCAAAGAGUUAUUGUUUUCCAAUAAAUGUCUGAAUAUUUUGAAUGAAUUGAAAACUGAAUUGAAUUUGAUUUACAAGAAGUUUGAGACACAACUUAUCACUGAAGACACGUUCAAUCACUUGAGACAUCAAUUGAAUUAUAUUUGCGAUCAAAGAAGAGAUAAAGGAUUGCAUUUAAAUGAUGUCAACUUAGAUGAAGAUAAUGAACAAAGAUGUAAAUCAAAGACAACAAUGAAUGACAUAAUUAUUGAUGAUAUAAGUGAUACACAAGAUUUUGACAUUGAUUUAUAUGAAGGGAUGGUUGAAAAUGAAAGACAAGACAAAUCCACUUUUAGUAAUAUUGAGAACAAACAAGUGAUGAAUAAUAAAAUCAAAUUCAAUGAUAAUAUAAUACAUGAAGAAAAUGAAAAUGUAGUUCAAAUAAAUCAAUCAAAUAAUAUAGAAAUUAUAGAAAAUAAGACCAAAGAUAACCACAUAUUAGAUAAACAAUUGAAUGAAAGAAAAGAAAACAGAAAUAAAGAUCUUUUAAAACAUAAGUCAAACAAACAAUUAGUAAUACGAUUGAAGAAAAACAAAUGUAAACUGAAAGGCCUAACAGAUAGUGAAGAGAAAAACAAUAAAAUACUAAUAAAAACAAAGAAAAAUCAACCGAAAAGUGGAAAAAGAAAAUCAAUUAAUGACAAAAACAAUGACCAGUUAGACAAACAAAGGGUAAUUCAGUCUAAACCCGGAGGAUAUAAGUGUCUGAAUAGUGAUUGUCAGAUGACAUUCAAAACGCUUCAGGAGUAUCGUAAACAUCAGACAACUUGUAUAAUCAACUGUUCUGAAUGCGACAAAAAGUACAAAUGCCAGAAAUCAUAUGUAUUUCACCAAAUGAAAGAACACGGAUCGUCAACCAUUGAAUUGCCGUACAAAUGUGAUUACAAUGAUUGUAACUAUGAGACGGGGACAUCAUCUAUGCUUCGGCAACAUAGGAUUAAACACUCGACUGACAGGCCAUUUGUCUGUAAUAUCGACGGCUGCGGUAAGUCAUUCAAAACGAUGGUCAACUGUGAUAUUCAUCGUGAGAUACAUUCGGAAAAGAAAUAUGUCUGCACAGCUGACGGCUGUCACAGACGAUUCAAACAAAAGUCACAAUACGGCCGUCAUUUGGCUGAACACCGAUCGAAACCGACACUCAAGUGUCCCGAAAAGGAUUGUCGAAAACGGUUUUACACGGAUAGAGAUAUUUACAGACAUCGUAUCGAUGAUCAUAAACAUAAAUUUUGCCACAAAAAACUAUACAAACGGUGCGAUUGGCCCGGAUGUGACUAUUAUGGAACUUAUCUGAAUCGACAUAAGCUAAUCCAUACGGGAGAGAAAAACUAUAGGUGUGAUUGGCCUGAAUGUGGCAAACGGUUUGGCGGUAGUAAACAAAAACUUAUUGAACACAUGAAUAUUCACAAUAAUAUUAAACCGUUUGCCUGUCGUUGGCCGGGAUGUGAAUACAGGUGCGCUAAUCAUUCAAACGUUAGCAAACAUAUUAAACAAGUUCACCAAAAAUAAUGAUUAAUAAAUUAAAUAUACUCUAUAAGACUCA